AUGGUCUGCCAAUUUUCGAACGAGGCAGCGUCGCUUCGCGCCGAGCUGGGCUCGCUGCGCGCCGCGGCCGACGAGGCGGAGCGCGCCAAGGAGGGCCUGCGCGCCGACAACACGCGCCUCACGCACCGCAUCUCCUACCUCGAGGACCAGGUCGCCGAGAUGCGAGCCAGCCACACACAGCUUCAACCGGUGAGCAGCAACGACAGCUGCAUAACAGUGAACAAGACCAAGAAGAACGUCACCAACAUCAACAUCACCUCCGAGCCGCCGGCCAAGUGCAAGCAGAGCCCCAAGUCCGAGGUGCAGGUGUUCCAGAAGGGGCCCGACAUCACCGCCAUCGUCGCCAAGCUGCCCGGGCUUGACGGCGCCGAGGCCAACCUGCCGCUUAUGAGGCCCAGGUCUAACGCGUCCGGCGCGUCGCCUCCACCGAACCACAGGUCGCACAGCUCCCACAGCCUCGAGCAUCGCGCGGGCCGCAUGCGACACUCGCUCUCCCACCACUGCAUCCACGGCGCCGUCGACUACAGCGCCGAGACCGACGCCGCGAUCCGGAUGAUCGAACGCAACCAAAGACACAUAGAAAAACAGCGCAUGAAGUCCGAACGGCUGAGCAGGUCCAAGGGCGAGGAAUACUUUAGAUCCGACAGUGACCUCGACGUGCGGGAUUCCCACUCGAACGUCGGCGCGUGCGACCCCCGGCAUUAUGAAAUCAAGAAGGCCGCGGAUCGAAUAGAGGAGAGCAUCAAGAAGACCAACUGGGCCGAACGGAAGACGCUCUCGAUCAUCGAGCAGCUGAAGAGGUCCCAGAGGAUGCGGAAGAUGAAGAAGAACGACAGCGCCGAGGACGUCCAGGUGGUCGAGACGGAGAAACACUACAUGUACCACAGGAUAGACGGCAAAGUUCUGGAGAACGCGCACAAGUCCAGCCGGAGGUCGUCGAAACUGCACUCGCGGAGCGCGAAGUCGUCCGAGUUCGAGUCGGAGUGCUCCGACUUCCCCAACGGCGACGUGUACGGCAGCUCGCCGCGGAUCGACUACGGCUCCGAGAGCUGCUCCACGCGCGCGAGCCACUACAAGAAGCACGACGAGCGGGACGCGCGCUGCCGGCCCACGCCGCCUCGCAAGCCGCUGCGGCUGUCGCUGCACAAGGCUCGCAGCGCGCACUCGCUCGUCAACGGCGGCGAGUCAGACGCGGCGAGCAGGCCGCCGUCGGAGGCGCGCGAGGACAAGCGGCCCGUGAAGCGCUCGCACGCGGCCGAGCGCUGGUCGCGCGAGCGGCUGCGGGACCCGGCGCGCGCCACGCCGCGGCCCGCGCGCAAGCUGCUCCACGGGCUCAGCGCGCCCGCCGCCGACGACCUGUAUCCAGACCACCACGCGCCGCGCGCGUCUCUUGUGCACGCCGGCAAGUGGUGCUAG